AUGAGUCCAACAUUUACGAUCGCUCACUGCGAUUCGGUAUCCGAUCUCUUGCAGCAGUUACUUGAAGGCACUUCAGACACCCAUCUCAUUGUCUGUGCAACCAGAGCUGAGUUUCUAGUGCAACUCACAGCAGCCAUUCGCUCACAACGCGCUGAUCCAGACACUGCCCCGAGGCAUGACCUGCUUACAAAAACUAUCGGGCUGCUUGCAAGAUCUAGCAAAAUACGUCUCGCAUUCUGCCCGAGUUUAGAGAGUCUUCGGGCAUACCUUGCCGUUUUCGGUCCCGCUGUUGGGGUGACUACCGAGGACGGAUCGCUUUCCCAUGACCGAAAACUCCUUGCUGUCGUUGAUAUGAUGGCUUUGCAUGUUACGACUUCGGAAUUCUCGGCACAGGGACUUUCAAGAACACUUGCUUCUGUCGUUGAGGCUUCCUCCAGGGCGGGGAUGGAUCUCCGACUCCAUGAGUGCAUGAAUGCCCUGGACCCUUCAAGUGGUGUUCGGGGAAGAAAACUAUGGGAUGUGAGCGUUCCCCUAUUGAACGGGUCAGUUCGAAUGCGAUCGGACCAAAAUACCUGGGGUGGACGGGGAGUCACCGUGAAACGGGUUGCCGAACGCUGGUUUGAAUUUGACCAGAAUUUUUGA